CGGCAGCAUCGACCACCUCACUACAUCUCUUCCCAUCUCACCCCCCUCCCAUCUCACCGGUUAAUUAAAAUGGCCAACGCUGUCAACGACAUUGUCGCCUCGGCCUCGCUCACCAACACCUUUGGUCUCAUCACCAAUGGCCAGAACAACGACCUCGUGAUCCAGCUGUCCAACACGGGCGCCGAGAACUACACGCUCGUCUCGGCCGCCGCCUCGUACCACGACCCGUCCAAGGACUGGAAGCUCGUCAAGAACGUCACGGCGUCCAAGUUCAACGUGCCUCUGAUCGCCGGCGGCAACCUCACUGCGCCGUUCCAGGUCAACUCGGAGUUCAAGCCCCAGGAGCUCGGCCUCACCGUCUGGGUUGACGUCAAGCACGGCAACGAGCUGUCGCGCGUCACGGCCUUCAACUCGACCGUGUCGAUCGUCGAGCCCGCCUCGUCAUGGUUUGACCCCGGCGCCCUGUUCAUCUACCUCGUCCUCGGCGCGGCCCUCCUCGGCGGCGCGUACCUCGGCUUCCAGUCGUACUUUGGCGACAAGACCUCUGGCAAGAAGAAGCGCUCGGGCGCUGCCAAGCGCGCUUCCGCCGCCCCUGUCGCUGUCGCUGCCAACCCCGACGGCAAGGCGUACGACGAGGACUGGAUCCCCCAGCAGCACACCAAGAAGACGGGCAAGAAGUCGCUUGGCGGCGCGUCGUCGGGCGGCGAGGGCCUCACGUCGGGCGGUGAGGGCGUGACAUCGGGCGGUGAGGCCAGCGGCGCCGAGGGCAAGACCCGCAGGCGGAAGACUGGCAAGAAGUAAGCGGGGGAGCGUGGAGCUCGGCGUGUAGGUCGUCUCUUGUCUGCGGGUAGUCUCUAUCUCAUGGAUGUGGUGC